GGUAAAUUGAAUUUCCAAAACAAGGGGCUAAUUGUUCAGGUUCAAGAGAUUUUAUCAUCAUACAGGAAUGUAUGUAAGCUCUCUGUCAUUUUAAAGAAUUCUUUGUUGAAUAAUGGGCGGAUGCUGUUCAUCACAGUUUGGAUGUUGGUGUGGCCCGGCUUCUUGUGGUUUGUGCUGUAGUUGCUGUAAGCCCAUCAAUGAGUCAACAGGAACCAGGAUAUUGUAUACAAGUUUCUUGAUGCUGGGAUUCCUUGCUUGUUGUCUCAUGCUCUCACCUCAGCUGCAUGACCAUCUGUCUGACAAUGUUGAGGGCUUUAAUUCAACCUGUGUAAUGUUGGGAAUUGGAGAGAAGUGUUCUAUGCUGACUGGUUACAAAGCUGUCUACAGACUGUGUCUAGGAAUGGUGGUGUUCAGUCUACUUCUAAUGCUGGUCACAGUCUGUGUUCCCAAUAGCAAUCAGUGGAGAGGUCAUAUACAUAAUGGGUACUGGUUGUUCAAGCUAAUUCUGUUGCUUGGUUGUUGUGCUGGAGCAUUCUUCAUACCUAAUGGUUUCUCCAUAUAUUGGAUGUAUGUAGGAAUGGCUGGAGGAUUCAUCUUCAUUUUGCUGCAGCUAAUCUUGAUUGUAGACUUCACACAUGCUUGGAAUGCGAAAUGGAUGCAGUUGGAUUCUCAGACAGGAAAGAAGAGCACAUGUGGUUAUAUUGGUACUCUGUUCUGUGCGACUCUGUUUUAUGUCAUUGCAAUAGGAGGGGUUAUACUUCUUUAUUUCAACUAUACCCGACUACACGGCUGUGAAACAAACAAGAUAUUUAUCCUUGUCAAUGCAGGACUGUGUGCUGUGCUAUCAUUCUUUACCCUUCUGCCAGUCACACAAAAGUGUAAUCAGAAUGCUGGUUUGUUACAGUCCUCUGUUGUAUCAUUAUACGUGAUGUAUCUUACAUGGUCCGCCCUGACAAGUGAACCACCAGAAGAUAUAUCAUUCAUAGAGACAAUAAAGACAAAGGUGGCAUUGAGUAUGCUUGGUAAACCUGUUACAGAACUUGAUGCUGGUAGAGCAGUUGAAGAAUUAGAAGAUCCUCAUAUUGGAUUGGUCAGUGGUCCAGAAGAACAUAUGGUUCCUGUCAGUAAUAAUAUUACCCAGCUGUGCCGACCCUCAGAUGUAGACCCUCAGCGAGAGAUGAUCGCAGCAUAUGCUGGUCUCUUCAUUAUGUUUGUAAUGGCAGUGUUUGCUAUUAUGAGUACAUCUGGGGACUCUGAUAAGCUAGGAGUUAGAAGAUCAGCAAGACUUACAGAGAACUCCUAUGAUUGUUGCUGUUGCUGUAAAGUUAGACAAAGAUAUAAUCCAUCAGAUCAUGGAGGUCAAAAGGUCAUCUACAAUGAAGCAGACGGAGUUAUAUAUAGCUACUCAUUCUUCCAUUUUGUAUGUUGUACUGCCACUCUCUACAUUAUGAUGCAGCUCACCAACUGGUACAGACCAGCAGAGUCAGACAUUAAAAGGUUUGGUUUGAACUGGGCAGCUGUGUGGGCGAAGAUGGCAUCCUGCUGGGCUUGUGUGGCUAUCUACCUCUGGACCUUGUUCCUGCCCAGGUGCUGGAUGGGGCGCGAUCCACGAUUCUCGGGGCAGAAUGCAGAUGAACCAGAUGGUGGGGAACAAGAAAAUCUCAAUGUUGAAGAAGUUGUUGCAUCCAGAGAGUCUGUACUUUAAACAUUACAAGGGUCAUGAGUUGUAAUGAUAUAGAAAUUUGAAACAGGAUUGCUGACUGAAGUCCCGCAGUUUCAGUGAAGUAAAUAAUGGGAACAAAUUAUGGUUGCUGUGAAUUACUAUGGCUUUUGUAAAGCAAGUUGCUUGUGCAAGUUAUUCGUUUUUCCCAGUUCCAUCUUUUUACAAGAUUUUUGACAUGCUAGAAUCUCAAUUAUGGAAUAGUCAGUUGAAUUGUUAUAUAUCUUUCAAAAUAUUUUGUAUGUUAAGAUGUUUUCACCAAUAUGUGCUAGGUAAUUGCCAGUUAGCUUUUAGGAACAAAAAAUAUAAUCCAUUUUCAUAACUUUUUUUUCAUUUGUAAGUUCUUUAUUAUUUUCAUACUUGUUUCGUUACCAGAUUUUGGCAGUGCAAUGAAACAGUCCAUUUUGAUUGGCAUAGUUUGUAAAUUUUUACAAAAUUUUAUUUUAGUCAGUUAUGUGCCUUAUUUUGAAAAUAUUUAAGACAUGUUAAACAAAAUGUGCAUUAAGCCAUAUAUAUUUUCAAUUUCAUUUUAGUAUCAUACAAACGGUAUAGUUUUAUUCUGUAAAGUGACCUUUCUGGGAAAUUCCUAAUGUCAAAUUAUUUUUAUAGAUGUCUCUAUUCUUAAAGUAAAUUCUCUCAUUGCUGACACAAUAUUAUCAUUAACAACUAUAGCUUCUAGUUUUCAAGCUGCAUUAGCUUUUAUGUUAGUUGUGUUUAUGCUUGAGUAAUACAUGUAUGUAUCAAGUUCCACCAGAACUAGGGAACAAAACUUGCUCACUAUAGUUUUUUUUUCAGUGUGGCAUAAUAUGUAUUUGCAGA